AUGGCUGUCUUCGGCGACUUUGCUCUGAAGGAUGUUCCAGUCGGGUCCACUCUGGACAUUGUGGUUUUUCAGGUCAAUGGAGGCAUCUACAAGGGCGCGAUGCAUGGGGAUUUGUAUUCUUGCCCAAACUUGGGACCAGGCUUUUGGACACUUUUCGGCUACACCCUUAGCUCCGUUGAGCGUAACGUGGGCUAUCUUACAUGCAAUGAAGAGUCCAGGGCAUUCCCAAAACCUGACCACUCGGCAGCUGCCUUUGGAACAGUUGUGGAGGUUUGUGCAGGAAUCGGUGGCCUCGGCCUUGGAGCUCGGUUUUCGGGCAUGCAUAUACUACUGCAGGUCGAAAGGACGGACAUUGCUUGUGAGACACUACGCUUGAACGGUGGACCUGUGCUCGCCGGUGACAUCGGCGCCCGAGAGGUUCAAUACAGCAUUGCUAAGGCGUGUCAGGGCCAAGGCCACCUCUUGGCAGCCAGCCUCCCAAGCUACAGCCUCUCUUUGCCUGGCAUGGAAGGAGGACACCCGAACUGGGAAACACAUAUCCUUGGUCAGAUUCUCCAGGUUGCAUGGCGAAACCAAGUUGCGGGACUGCUUCUGGAAUGUCCGCCCGAGGUGCAAGACCGGCCACAGGCCCUGCAACUUCUGCAGCACUUCGCGGCUCGUAUGCACUUUAAGGUACAACAGGUUGCACUCGAACUGGGCGAUCAGUGGGCAUCCCGCCGCAAUCGCUGGUGGUUCGUCAUGCUCCCACAAGAAUUGCCAGAUCUGCACUUGCCCUGUUGGCAGCCCACUCCGACUCCCACAUUAGUGUCGGAUGUGAUUGCGGAAUGGCCACUCUGGCCCGUGGAGCAGGAAAAGGACCUUGCCAGGACCCCGGAAGAGGUCCAAUGGGACAGCGAAGCCGUGGGUGGCCCCGAGAGUCACUGCUUGGAUACCCAAAGACAAGCCCCUCAGGCUCUGCACAGCUGGGGCUCUGAGUUGCAGGCCUGUCCGUGCGGCUGCCGUGAAGCAGGCUUCUCCGAGGCCAUGCUGCGUGCCAUGGGCCAUAGGGGUUUUAGGGUUCUUGGCCCUUUUGGGGUUAGGCUUCCUCACGCCGGUGAGGUAGGUUUCCUUAAUUCCCUCCCCGCCUCCUUCCUGCAUCUCCCGGCCUCGCGUGCAGCAUUAUGCUUGGUUGGCCAAAUCACCGCCCCUCUGCAGUCCUUGUGGAUAACCGCACAUGUUGCAGCCUGGGCCGAAUCAACUUUUACCACAGGCGGCACGACUGACCCGAGCAGGCUGAUCCUGGAUUACAAGCGCUACCUGCUUGAAACUCGCCGGGACCUUUGGCUUGUGCCGUCCCUUCAGCCAGCCUCUCUCUUGCAGCUGAUAAGUGGUGAUUCUACAUUUGACCUCAAGGUUUCAGGGCCGACACGAGUCCAGGCUUUGGCACAGGCUGAAAAGGACUUACAUGGGCCAGGCUUCUUGAUUCGGAUCUUCGAGGGCAAUCGCAAACUCCAGCCCAACGCCUUCUUGCAUCCAGACCUCCCUUCAGGUACUUACCGCCUUGAGGUGCACACAAAGUCGGCGUGCCGUUCUGUGCUUUCCUCUCCUGCCUCUGCCCCACCCACGGGCACCACAGAUGUCACGAUCUGGGCCGGCUUGCUUCGGCUGCAGGCUGCCUGUGCUCAGCCGGUCUUUAUCGUUCCACCGGCGACUGCCACGAACUGGCUUCGACUUGCCUGGCUUUACGAUGAGACUGACCACGGCAUUGAUUUCCAAUGGCCAGCUGCCUGUGAAGCUGUUUUCCUCCCCUUCCUUUGGGAUGCCCAUUGGUCUUUGCUGGUUUUGAGCUUUGCCGGCGGCUCUGUGCCCUCCGCUUCGCUCUUCGAUGGCCUUGCCGGCCACAGCCUGGAUGCUGCCCGGAGCCUCCUGCGCUUUGUGUGCAAGGUGUGUAAUUUGUCCUGCCCGGAUGUUGAGCUACCUCAGCUACCUCUGCAAACUGAGCCGACCUCAUGUGGUCCCAUGCUCCUUGCCUUCGCUGCUCAGGCCAUGCAAGGAUUCAACGAUCCCUUUCAGGUGCUAUACCAGGAUGCUGUCAGCUUCUGUAAUUGCAUGCCACCACAUAGUGCAAAGCUGUGGGGCCAAGGUGGACUUUCAGAUGCUCAGCAGAGUUCCUUAAAGGCGCUGCUUGUUGAGAGAGGUGUUCCUGAGACAGCUGUCGCUGACCGGGUUCAAGCAGCGGUUCAAAAAUUGGGCGCGGGGAUCAUCGCAAAAUCCCUCUCGGCCGAAAACCCCUGGCAGGCUCUUAAAGCGGCCGGCUCAGCGCCGAACCCAUUGUACCGCUGGGUCCGCCCUGAGGAACUCCGUGUAUAUGCCCAAAAGAAAGCCUCGCUGCAAUUCGGCACUGCCGUCGGCAAUGCCAAAGCCCGCAAGCAAAAGCCCGGCCGGCCCCUGAAACAGGCAUUGAGUGUUGACCCUCUUUCUUUGCAGCUUGCAGCAGGGUCAUUUGUGUCAGCACAGAACGCUCCUUUGGCCCAGCUUGCGUUCGAUGAGGUUGUCUCCCAGGCGCAGGGCGUUGCCUUCUGCACGGCCCAGCAAAUGAUGCCCUUCAUUGCCGACUAUAAGCCGCUUAGCGUAGAUGCCCUGGCCUUGAUCUCCACCGCUCCGCUGCCAGCAGAGAGUUGUGCGGGAGCUCCGAUCUCGAACAUCCGCUUUCCAGCAGUGUUCUCUCCCACCCAAGAGGCAGUCCUCCUCAGCGGCUCCAUGUUGCAAUUGGGUGACGAACAAGUCCAAUUGUCUUCAGCUGAUGCAGACAUGGGCGAGAUCGACCAGCUUGAUACCAUCACUGGUCGGAUCUCUCUUUAUCGUGACGAGGCACAACUGGACUGGGAAGUCUUUGCUAAAGCCCCGGUGAAAUCGCUCCUGCAACAUGUUCCAGGCUUGAACCUCUGCCGUGACAAAAGCUGCAAGGGCGACUGUGCUUCCUUCCACCCGGCGGUGGAUGAGCGUGUUGAGCACAUGCUUCUUGAUGUCUGGGCCCGGCAGUUCACUAAGCUUGAGGGCGGCAGAACCGAUGCCCUUGCAGCACAGGUCUUCCAAACCUUGGUUCGAGUCCCGAGCUCAGCAGCCAAACACUUGCAACAUGUCAGCGUGCCCGGUUUCUACUUUGAACCGCGAGCUACCACCGGCUUCGGGCCCCAUCCGGCAUAUGCAGUUGUCUGGUUGCCCGGCCAUGAUAGGGCACAAGUUGUACACCUGCUUCGCACCUGUGACAAAGCCAUCGGCUUGGCUCGCCUGGGCUCUAAGUUUGGGUUGCGGGUUCUCGACGAACAUGAGCAAGCCGUCUUUCAGGAGCUGCGCCCGCAGCACACCUUCGUUAAGGUCAGGAUACAGGCCCGCUGGAAGCUGCACCCUUUGCCCCACGGCACCCAACGCCAUGCACUUGUGCAGUUGCUGAGCAAGUGGAAGUGGCCAGCCCGCCCACUGCAACCAUGCAAGGGCGACUCCUCAGGUUGUGCUUGGGAAGUUGGCAGUGCAGUCGACCCCCCUGCUUCCAUUAUGCAGGCUGGUGACUCUUAUGUGUUGAUCCACAAGACCAAGGAUGUUGGACCGCAGGCCCGACCAGAGGCCCUGUGUGCCUCUAACCGCACUCGGCGACGCAUCCUGUACGAUGAUCCCGAGAUCCCAGCUCCAUCAGCCGAUCCUUGGGCUGGCGGUUUGGACCCAUGGAGUCUUGCACGCCCGCCGCCUGGUCUUCUUCCCCCUUCGGGGGCCGCCUCAAGCUCGGCUCAGCCUUCGGCUGCUGCAAGCAAGAUCACGCAGGUGAAAUCCGAAUUGCAAGCUGGACUUGAAACUCUUGUCCGAAAGGAGGUCCAGACCGCCACCGCUGCAUGCGCCGCCCCUGCGGCCGAUCAGGACAAAAGGCUGUUGCAGUUGGAGUCCGGCCUCAAUGAGGUCAAGCUCCAAAACAGUAAAUUUGAAGAGUGGUUUGCCACUCUCGGUUCACAGAUGCAGCAGCAAGCGAAGCAGGUCGUUGAGGUCCAACAAGCAGUGACUGCCCAAAAGGCCGAGAUCGGGUCCCUUCGCACCGAGGUCUCCGGAUCCAUCAUUCAGGCCGUGACCGCGCUACGCAGCGACAUGUCCGAGCAACUCACCGCCCAGACGGCCUCCCUGGAGGCCCUGCUCUCCAAAAAGCACCGAUCUGAGCCGAUGCGACUUGGGCCUUUCCGUUUUCUUCAGUUCCUGCUUUGGUUCAGUGCUCUGGCAGCCCCGGUCCAAGCAUGCAGCUUUUCUCCUUUUCGCCGCUUUGGAGAGGCAUCUCACCCAGGGCCCGAGCCCCUGGUGUCUUUUGGCACCUCCAACCCCAGCGGACUGCGAGGCAAGGAGCAACAUGCGGCCGACCUCGGCCCUGGAGUUUGGCACUUCUCGGAGACCCAGCUCUCCGCUGUCGGUUUUACCUCUUCGUCUCGAGCCAUCAAAGCACUCACGGGCAACAUGCAUCGGGAUGUGCGCAUUUUUGCUGGAGCCCCUGCCCCUUUGCGGCCUGGCUCCUUAUCCGCCGGCUCUUGGACCGGUGUGCUUACAAUGAGUGAUUUUCCCUGCCGACCAGUGCAGCUGCAAUGGCUGCAUGAUUCGUUCCAUACUGGCAGAGUGCAGGCGGUGCACCAUGUUGUUCACGGCACCUCUGUCUUCACUGCCAACGUCUACGGCUAUCCCUCGGGAAAGACCUUUGUGGAUGCCCGUGCUCGCACUGAGCGCCUUCUUGAAACUCUGACACAUGAGCUGGUUCUCGGCCGCAAAGGCAUUCGCCUGAUCUCGGGAGAUUUCAACCAUUGGCACGACAAUCUCGAUCAGGUUCAGCUCUGGAAACAGCAAGGCUGGAUUGAAGUCCAAGACCUCGCCGAGCAGCGAUGGCAUCGGCCAUUGGUUCCCACUUGCAAAGGCUCCACACAUCGCGACUUCAUCUUCCUCAGCCCAGAAGCUGCAGCCUUGUGUCACGACGUCCGGGUCAUAGAUGUCUUUGCUGAGCAUGCUACUGUAAUCGCCGGGAUGCGGUUGACUGGGGUCCACCGCCCUAUGUCCUGGCCUCUUCCUUCAGAGAUCCCCUGGCAGUCUGUGUCAGUUUCGGCAUGGCAGCACGCCUGCCAACCAAUUCCUCUUCAAGAGCCCAACUCCACACGUUGGCUGCAAUCCUUUGCCCGCGAUUUCGAGCGCAGCCUCAAUGGAUUCGUGAAGGAUUCUCCCGGAGGCCAGCUGCCACACAGAUGCCAUGGUCGAGCACAGCGACUUUCCCCCGAUCAUGCUGCUCAGGUCCUUCCGCCAAAGCCGGCCCGACCUGGUGAAGAAUCGGCACACCAUGAUUUACUUUCUUUGGAAGUCAAGCGUUGGUUCCAACAGCUCCGCCGACUGCAGUCUUUGGACCACGCCUUGAAGGCAGGCAACCCCUCGCCUAGUGCAGUUGAGUACCGCUUGGGUUUGUGGCGCUCAAUUGUCGCUUCCAAGGGCUUCCAUCCUACCUUUGCUGAUUGGUGGCCCCUUCGCCCGGUUCGACUUGCCGGCUCCCCAACACAAUUUCCUCCCUGGCUCCCUGAUGCAGCUACCUGCCAUAGACUUUUCUUGGACUUCCGUGACAACUUCCGAAAAUUCGAAGCUUGGAACAUUCGGCAACGCCGUGCCAUUUUGGCCGAGCAAUAUGCGCAGAACCGCAACCUCCUGUUCCGUGACCUCCGUGACCCCAAGCCAGAACAGGUUGAUACUCUUGAACUGCGCAAGAGCUACUGCGUAUUGGCAGUUGAGCCCUCCACCUGCCACGUGCAUUUGGACUCUAUCAUCGACACACGUGGUUGCAGCCAAUGGCAACUAGACGGUUGCAGUGUGCAGGUGGACUCUGUUGUCGGCGAUCUCUGCCGGAUCCCCGGAUGUGAGAAUGUUGACGUUGAUUGUGAGCUUGAGCAGACUAUUCUUCUCUCCUCCGCAAAGGAUGUACAGAACGAAUUCGAAAAAUUAUGGUCUUCUUACUGGGGUCGCUUCUCCGACCCAGCCGCGGUUGAUUGGUCACGUGUUACGGCUUUCGCACAAGCCUUCCUUCCUCGUUCCAGCCUGGCCCUCCCACCGAUUGAUUUGCCCCAGUGGCGUGCUGCCAUUAAGCGCUUCAAGCCCCGCGCGGCCCGCGGAGCCGAUGGCAUUGCCCGACUGGACUUGCUCAACAUGUCGGACGCUCAUGCCCAACAAUUGCUGCAGCUGUUUCGGGAUAUCGAGUUGGGGAUUCGAGACUGGCCUGCUCAAUGGCUUAUCGGGCUGGUCUGUUGCCUGAAAAAGCCAAACGACCGUCAGGACCCUCAAGGUUUCCGCCCUAUCUGUCUUCUCAGUUGCGCUUAUCGUGCAUGGAGCGGCAUUCGAGCCAGACAAGUGCUGCAAUGGCUUUCCCAACUCCUACCGGACACCGCCCUUGGCUUUAUGCCGCACAAGGAGGCCUCGCAGUUCUGGUGGAUCCUGGAAGCUCAGAUCGAGCUUGCUUGUCAGCAGGACCAAUCCAUGGUCGGAUUCUCCACUGAUGUGGUAAAGGCCUUUAACGCCCUUCCGCGACAGCCGGUGUUCGCCCUAGCAGAGUGGAUUGGCCUUCCCACCACCCUGCUGCAGCCAUGGCAGGCAUUUCUGACUGGACUGGAACGGCGCUUCCUACUGCGCCAAGCUGUGGGUGAGCCACUCACUUCCACAUGCGGAUUCCCGGAGGGAUGCGCAUUGAGCACGGUUGCCAUGAGCCUUGUCUGCUUGGCCUUUCAUGCUUAUGUUGAAGCCUUCGCACCAAAUGCGGUUCCUCAUUCUUACGUAGACAACCUCAGUUGUACCGCGCAGUCAACAGGGCAGCUGGCUGCAGGGAUCAACGUCACCCACACAUUUUUGGACAUGCUUGCAUUGUCUACGGACGCCACGAAGACCUACGUGUGGGCGCUCCAACCGGCCCAGCGCUCUAUGCUGUCCAGUGUGGGUUUGCGGGUGGUCGAUCAUGCUCGCGAGCUUGGUGGCAACAUAUGUUUCGGCCGAGCGGUCCGAAAUGCCGAAAUCGUGGGGCGCUGUCAAGCCCUGGCCCCCCUUUUUCAACGGUUGAAACGUUCUCCUUGUGCCUUUGCCGUCAAGCUCCAAGCCCUCCCGGCCAAGUUUUGGGCCAGUGCCCUGCAUGGCAUCUCGGGUUGCCCAUUGGCUGAGGUCCACCUGGCCAGCCUCCGCACACAGGCCGUUCGUGCACUGCGCUGCUGCUCCGCUGGCUCUAGCCCGAUGCUUCGACUUUCCACGAGUGGCUUGCUCGAUGCCGAUCCGGGCUUUUACCAAUUGUGGUCCUCACUUCGAGAUCUAAGGCGUUUGAGUGUCAAAGACGGACGGGUGAUCCCUCUGUGGGCUGACUUUGUGGCAGGCUUUCAAGGCUCCUUGCUCCCGGGGCCAUUCUCUAAGCUUCUGCAGGUUUUGAGUCAGAUCGGAUGGCGACUGGAAACUCCGCCAUGUGUCACGGACCAUGAAGGUUUUCAGCAUGAUCUCACCACAGCCCCAUUGCCCCUCCUCCGCCAGCUCUGCGAACAAGCAUGGCUUAACCACGUUGCAUCUUUGCACCGCCACCGUCGCACCAUGCACGACUUGUGGGGCAUUGAUCUCCCUCUCUUGCAGGCCGAUGCCAGUCGUCUUUCGUCUCUGGACAAGGCUAGAUUGGCUGCCUUGCAAAGUGGAGCCUUCAUGUUCGGGACCAGUCAUGCUAAGUUCGAUGCAUCCAAGGACGGCCUUUGCUCGUGCUGUGGAGUCCCCGACUCGCCUGAACACAGGGUGUGCAGCUGCCCUCUCUACGAAUCGGCCCGGGGCCCUUAUGCCUGGGUGUGUGCAGAGUGGCCCAGUCUCCCGGAGUGCCUGCGCACCCACCUUCUUCCACCAUGCAAUCCACAUCUGCCUGCUCUUCGACAACAGCUGGCACGAUUGCCGGAUCGCUCGGGACAAUUCGCCAGCCUCCGAUGUACUGAGGGUCCGCAACAUGUGUUUUGUGAUGGCUCUUGCUUGUUUGCCCCAACUCCGGCCUUUGCUCUGGCGGCAUGGAGCAGUGUCAAUGCAUGCACUGGUGAGCUUCUUUCGACUGGCCCGGUUCCCGGUCUUCAACAGACGGCCCCGCGCGCUGAACUGUGGGGUGCUAUUGCCAGCCUCAAAUGGGGGCUUCAGGUCGAGGUGCCGCUCACCUUGUGGACGGAUUCCGCCAUGGUGGGCAAGGGUAUCCGUGGUCUCUUGGAGGGACGUUCACCUGGGUCCGAUGAAAAUCCAGACCUAUGGCAGCUGUUGACUGAGCUUGUCGUAGCAUACCCUGUAGGCUGGUUGUUGGUGCAGCAUGUACCCUCACACCUGGACCCUGGUCUUGGCAUCUCUCCUUUCGAGGACUGGCUUAUCCGUUGGAACGGCCAUGCAGAUACCCUUGCAGGCCUCACAAACAUCAACCGAGCAGUGGACCUUCAAGCAGCGCAUCAGAUGGCUUAUAACUGGCACCUUCGUCAUUUGGAGAUUUUGCGCGCUUUGCGUGGAAUCUACUUUGGCAUUGCUGACAUUACAGCUAAGUCGGGCCACACUUGCCCCCUGGAGGUGGAUCCGGAGGAUACGGAACUUCCCCUACCACCACCGGUACCUGCCUUGAUUGAUUCCUUCGAGGAUGCGCUCCCCGUCACUUGGCGACAGCAAGCUCUGCAUUCCUGCCCGGAUCUCCCACAGCAGUUUGUGCAACAACUUUGUGACUUUCUUCUGCAGCAGGGCCAGACGGGCGAGCCAUUGCGCCGUGUUUCAUGGCUGGAAUUGGUUUUUGUGCUACACGCUCAUGGAGGCCCUCGGUUUCCGGUUCGAGCACUGACCUCUGGCCAAUGGUCAAAUCAGGCUGAUGUCCCGCUUGGUGCCCCAGCUCUCACCGUGGCUGUACAGAUGAGCCUCCUUAGGAAGACGCUCCGCCGGAUUCUGGCGGCUCUGAGAAGGGAUGACAUGUUGAUCGAUGGUCUUUUGCUUUUGGAGUUCGGGGUCACGUUCCGAAUUGGUGGGAUUCUGAUUUCUGUUGGAUCUUCGCUCCUUCAGGCCGCCCGAAACCAGCUUUUUCAGUUCUGCGCCGGCCGCAAGGUUUGUACAGUUGGUGACUUGGUCAGUUGGCUGAGCAUCGUUGCGUCCACCGGCGCAUUGCGCUAUGCAGCUCCAAGUGGCGCGAACGGAGGGGUGUCCGUCGCCGACGACGUCUUCUUUGGGCAGGAUGGGGCCGUCUGCGUCGUCACGGCUUGGCAAUCCCACAAGAAGCACCAAACCACGUUCGUGGCCAUUCGUCCCCGACCCUGGCCGACGCUGCGGUAUGACUUGGAUGCCGUGGCCGUGAGCGUCGGUGAGGCCCUGCACCCACUUAACCCGAGGCCGCACAAAGAGCAGGGCCUCAUGAAGCCGUGGACCUUCAGCAUGGCAUGCGACGUCAGCGGCGCGGCAAGCUCUACGAGCUUCACCUAUGACCGUAUCUUGAACAUGGGACUUCUGGAUGGCCACCCGAUCCUCGACAUCAGCUCGAAUGGAGCCAUCACGGUGGCGCCAGCGGGCACCCUGAGUGAGCUGUUCGAUGCACUCAGCGUUUCGGGAUCGCAGCGGAAGGCCUUCACUUUGGGAUGCCGGGUCUUCGGCCUCUUCCCCGAUCCGGAGCUGCCUCCGGUGGAGACGACUCUGAGCAUCGCAGUGCAGGAUACGGUCUGCUGGGUUCCACAGAACAUCAAGGGCAUUGGCCUGCCGGAUCCCGACGCCAAUACGGAGGCCAUGUGCAGAUCUCGGUGCCGCGCAGACAAAACCUGCGCGAACUACAAGUUUGAGAGCCAGUGCAUGAGGUAUGAUGUUCGCUCGGAUGGGAACCAGGUCGGGGUCAUUGCCAAGGUCACCAACUGCACCAACGAGGGUACCUGUAUGAAAGUGACACAUUCCGAAUGGUACCUUGCCGGUGUGUACUGUCCUUUGGGCAGAGACGCAGUAUUGGGUGGCAUCGUGUACCUUCGCGAGCACGUCACGCAGCAGGACAUGGUGUAUCUGCGCGAGGGAUCCAGCGCCGGUUGUGGUGCUAACGAGUGGGCGUUGAUGGCACCUUCAAGUGCAGACUUCAUCGACAAGGCUCUUGGCCUUUUCGAGCUCCGUGGCACCCGGCACGCCUGCAUCGGCAGCUCCACCCUUGAGCACACCCUCGCGUGGUGUCCCACAUCGGCGUUGGCUUGGAUCGAAGAGCAGGAAGAGGCUGAAGAGGGCCAGCCGGCCCUGGUGUUGGAUGACCCCGGGACAGCUCAGCCCGCCGACUUUUGGCUACAUCCCUGUGACUGUGCCCCGGAUGCCUGGGGACCGGAUCUGCCCGUGGAUCCUCAAAUGUUUGAGAAUCUCCCGGCCAACAGCAGCAACCAAUUCAUCCCGACCCCCUACGUCAUCGUCACGGGGCAGCUCGUUUGCCCCUCACGUCAACUGCUGGGAGGCAUGUGCGACUUCUAA